AUGACACGCACUAUCCUGAUCACGGGCUGCUCGGAUGGCGGCCUGGGAGCAGCCCUGGCCACAGCCUUCCACAAACGGGGCGAUCGAGUAUUCGCGACGGCGCGAAACCCCGCCAAAAUGGCAUCUCUUACAGCGGCUGGAAUCGAGACUCUGGCCCUUGACGUGUUGACCGACGAUUCGAUUAAAGCAUGCGUCGAACAGGUCUCCAGCUUGACUGGUGGCUCGCUCGACAUGUUGAUCAAUAACGCUGGAGCAGGUUACAGUAUGCCGCUUAUGGACGCCGACAUCGAAGAGAUAGACAAGCUCUUCAGAUUGAACGUUUGUACGGUCAUUCGCACGACACAGCUCUUUUUGCCUUUGCUGCGCGCUGCAGCUCCCGCCGCCACGGUGGUCAACCAAACCUCGAUCGCUAGCGUAAUAGGUUUGCCCUGGCAGGCUACGUACAAUGCGUCCAAGGCUGCACUAGCCAGUAUCACCGGCACUUUGCGGCUCGAAUUGGAGCCGUUCAACAUCAAAGUGGUCGACUUACGUACCGGCGCCGUCAAGACGACAUUCUUUGCAAAUAUGGGCACGCGUUAUGACACUGAGUUGCCCAAAGACAGCAUCUACAAGCCCAUAGAGGGCAAGAUCUCAAAGAUGAUUGGCGGCGAGCUUGGUCCCGAAUUUAUGGACGUGGACAAAUGGGCCGCACGUGUAGUCAGCGACUUGUCGAAACAGACUCCUCCGAGAGAAAUCUGGCGAGGUUCGGACGCAACUAAAAUCUGGCUGGUCAGCUGCCUUCCCACAUGGCUUACGGACGGCUUUCUUAAGAAGAUGAGCGGCGUCGACGUAUUGGAGCAAGAAAUCAAGAAGCAGAAUUCGAUCAAGACGAAGUAA